AGGGGGGCAGCACGGAAGGGUGAGGGAUAAGAAAGUAAAUUAUGGUGAAAAGGGGAAGAACAGAUGUGCAGAUUUUUAUUUGUGAUGAGAUUUGAUCGGAUCGUGAUGUUAGGAUUAAGUCUCCUGCUUCUCUUGCUCUCCCACUCGGCCUCCUCCACACUGCUGGGAUGGGUGGAGUCUCCAGGGUAUCCCCGUGGAUACUCGCCCCAUGCCAGCCUAAACUGGAGCAGGUGUGCCCCCAAAGGUCACACCAUCUCCAUCAGGCUCAUCCACCUGGACCUUGAGGACAGCCAAGACUGUGAGAACGACGCCGUGAAGAUCUUUUCGAAUGGAAACCUAAUUUCCAUUCUGUGUGGCAAGAGGGAAUUUGAGGAGCUUCAGUCCACUGUAAAUCCCUUGCUCCUCUCCUCGCCGGGUGGAUGCCUCUCUCUAUCGUUCCACUCGGACUACUCAAACACCAGGAGGCACACCGGCUUCAGAGGCUUUUACACCGAUCAAGACUUUGACGAAUGUAAGGACGACCCUGACAACAAAUGCACGCAGUUUUGUCACAACUUCAUUGGAGGUUACUACUGCUCCUGUCGCCACAGUUACCACCUGGACACAGACAACCACACUUGCACCGUGAGCUGUUCUGAGAAUCUGUCAGGCCAGAAAAGAGGUGACAUAUCCAGUCCCUCCUGGCCUGCUCCAUAUGCAGACAAUGCCAACUGUCAGCACACCUUGUCUGUGGAGGCCCACCUGCAGCUGGAGCUGCACUUCUCUGAAGAUUUUGAUGUGGAGCAAAGCCCUGACGGUCAAUGCAUAGAUGCACUGAGAAUUGAGACUUCCUAUGGGAUUCUGGGGCCCUUCUGUGGCAACACGCCUCCCCCAUCUCCUCUCCUCACCCACUCACAUCAUGUCCUCGUCCGCUUCACCUCUGACAGCUUUGGCACUAAUAAAGGCUUCACUUUGCACUUCAAAACCAGAGACAAGGUGUGUCCAGCAGCUGUAACCCCACACUCCACAGUGACUCCUCAGCAAACCUCAGAAUAUUUUCGGGGUCAAACAGUCACAGUCACUUGUCAUGUUGGCUAUGUUGCAAAUGCUGAAGCCAAUCAGAUCCUGUCAACACAAUAUGUAACGACAUGCCAGAGUACAGGAACAUGGAGUCCCUCUUACGCCUGUGAACCGGUGGAUUGCGGUGAUCCUGAUAUCCCAGAAGACGGCAUCCUUAAGGUUUUGAGCUCAGAUGCACACCACACUAAGUAUAAGGACAUGAUCCAGUUUAACUGCAGUUCAGAGUACUACACACUGGAAGGAGAUGACACAUACAUUUGUAAUUCCAAUGGUAAAUGGGAAUCAAGUAGAGGCAAGAUGGAAAUGCCGAAAUGCACUGAAGUGUGUGGGAGGCCUAAAAAACACCCUUCAAGUGCAGGCAGAAUUUUGGGUGGUAAGGACGCAAACCUGGGAGAAAUACCUUGGCAACUUUUGAUCAAAUCCCCAAAAAGAGGAGGAGCAUCACUGAUCAAUGAUCGAUGGGCUGUCACAGCAGCUCAUGUUGUGGAAAAUGUAGAUGAAACCUCUAUGCAGCUGUAUGGUGGAUUGGUAGAUGAAAAACCAACAGAUAGGUUUUCUAGUGAGGUUGUCAUGAACAGUGAGAAGAUUAUAAUUCAUCCUGGCUACAUCCAGGGCACUGCAGACCGCGACAAUUUUGACAAUGAUAUUGCUCUCAUCAAAUUAGCUUCCAGGGUGAAUUUAGGACCAAAUCUCUUUCCCAUUUGUCUGCCAGCGCCAAACAGAGGCUUGAUGGAAGGUGAGCAAGGCACAGUGGCAGGCUUUGGGAGGACAGAUACAGGGACAGGUACAGGAAAUAGGCCUUUUGUCACAUCUCAAACGUUAAAAUAUGCUCAUAUUGGUGUCUACCCCCUUGCAACGUGUCAGAAGACACCUUCCACUCCAAGAAAGAAAAAUAUGAUUUUCACCCAGAACAUGUUUUGUGCUGGAGCAGAAGGGAUGGACAGCUGUCGGCAAGACAGUGGAGGUCCGUUUGUUUCUCCAAUGUUGGCUGCAGGCAGAGAGCCUUAUUAUCUGACCGGCAUUGUGUCCUGGGGACCCCCCUGUGUUCAGAGGCAGUACAAGGGUUAUUAUACCAAGGUGGAGAAUUAUGUAGACUGGAUUAAGGAGACAAUAGAAGCAAAUGAAAACUCUUAUGAGUUGCUAAACACUGAAAACAGGAGACUUUGUGGCAUUAAUGUUUCACUUGAUUGUGAGACAUUUGCUCCUGCGACAGCAGAAGAGUUCACUUGCAGAUUUGUAGUAUUUAAUGCAGAGAUGGGGAGGCUCUCAUGUAUCAUCUGGUUUCUGUAUGUGUCAGUGAGGGAGUGCAUCCAGCUGCCUGACUCAGAGCCUGUAAUGCUCGGGGAGAUCCAGUCCCCCCAGUACCCUCAGCCUUACCCUCCCAACCUGCAGAGGCAGUGGGACAUCAGUGUUCCCGAGGGCUACCAGAUUCAACUCACCUUCACGCACCUGGACAUUGAAGCUUCUGAAGGCUGCCAUUACGACGCCCUUACAGUUCUCUACGAUGACAAAGUGCUAGGAAAGUUUUGUGGCUAUGAGAAUUCUGAGGUUGGGCAUCACCCCGGGACUCAGCCCAUAUUGUCUCCAGGCAGCAGACUCUCCCUGAUUUUCCAGACAGAUGAAAACAACCCAGAGCGGCACCAGAAUGUGGGCUUCUCUGCUCAGUACCAAGCAAUAGACAUAGAUGAGUGUUCUGCACCGGAACCUGCAGAUGGCUCAGGUCCACUCUGCAGUCAUAUCUGCCUCAACAUCCUUGGCUCAUACCUCUGUGCCUGUCACCAUGGCUACCAGCUUCGCUCAGACCAGCGCACCUGCGUGUUGUCCUGCCCUGGUGGCAUAUUUGAUGAACCAGAGGGACAUCUGUUCAGUCCAGGAUACCCUGACACCCCACCUCGCGCUGUGUCCUGUCAGUAUGUCAUUUCUGUUGAUCCUGGCUUUGUGGUCAAUCUUAACUUCACUGACAACUUCCACAUUGAGAGCGUGGACACUGAGGAAGGCCCAGACUGUGUCUAUCACUGGUUGCAGGUAACCAUUCCAGGCAAAGAGCCCACGAAGCUGUGUGGUCGAAAGAGUCCAGGACUGAUAGUCACAAACUCCAACACUAUCACACUGGACUACCACACUGAUCAUAUUGGCCUGAGCAAUGGCUGGAGCCUGGACUACACCACACACAGAGUGAUGUGUCCAUUUUCCGGUAGUGUAGCGAACGGCAGGGUCACUCCUACUUUGACCAAAUAUCUCUACAGAGACUACAUCUACGUGCGCUGUGACCCAGGAUACAAGCUAAUGAUGGAUGGACAAGAGAUAAAGAGCUUCUCUACCAUGUGCCAAAGCAAUGGACAGUGGCACCUCCCUCUGCCAGAAUGCCACAUAAUUGAUUGUGGAGAACCUAAACCUCUGCUGAAUGGAGGCGUGACCUUCCUUUCUGGCUCUCAGAAUCAGUACCGUUCUCUUGUUCAGUAUCACUGCAACGAACCAUUUUACUCUCUCUUUGGUGGCGAAAAUGUUACCUUCGCCUGUGAGGCAGACAGAAAGUGGAGAUCCAACCAUGAUAUUGUUGUCCAUCCAACAUGUUUACCAGUCUGUGGACAGCCCACAAAACUCAUCCCUGCCUAUCAAAGGAUCAUUGGAGGCAGUGAAGCUCCAGAGAAUACCAUCCCCUGGCAAGUGCUCCUUAGUAUACAUGGACAAAGAGCAGGAGGCAUGGUGAUUGCAGACCGCUGGAUUAUGACUGCAGCUCAUGUCCUAGUAAAUGAAAAUGAUAAAGUACCAAACGAAGCUGUACGGGUUUACACGGGACUCACUAAGGUAGAUACCCUGUUGAGGUCUCCUGUGUAUGUUUCCUCAAUUCAUGUUCACCCUGAAUACAACAAUCCCAACCUCAUGGAUUUCAACAAUGACAUUGCCUUGAUCAAAUUGCAAGACGCAAUCACCUUUAAGGGAUCCAUCAUGCCAAUAUGCUUGCCAGCAGAGGAUGCCACAUACACCACUGGCAUAAUGGGAAUGGUGUCAGGCUUUGGCCUCACAGAAACUGACAACCGAAGGAUUUUAACAAAUAAGCUGAAGUACGUGCAGCUGCCUGUGGUGGAGCAGGAGACAUGCAGUGAUUCAAUCACUUUGGCAAGGAGAACAAGGGACAAAGUACCAGGUCUGUCAAACAACAUGUUUUGUGCUGGAUUCCCUGAAGGAGGGAGAGACUCCUGCCAAGGUGACAGCGGAGGUCCCUUUGCCCUGAAUGAUGGCAGCCGCUUUUUUGCUGGUGGGAUAGUCAGCUGGGGAGUUGACUGCGGACAGCAGGGAACAUAUGGAGUCUAUACCAGAGUCAGCAACUACCUGGACUGGAUCAACAAGACUAUGCAGGAGAACUGA